AUGGCCUCCCCAGCACCGCCCGCGUCCUCAGCAGUGAACGGCCAUAGCGGUCAGCAGCACGGCGUCGACACCCACUCGACCCGCGUCGACGUCAUCAACACCCAGGGGGGCAAGAUACUAUGCGUGUCCGACAUCCGAGGUGAGCUCCCAAUGCUCUUCGUCGCAGCACGUUGAGCCCGUCGUCUGGGUAGAAAGGGAACCCACGCGGAUCGCCCCAGACCACCAGAGGGACCGUGCGCCCACCCACCCACCCACCACCAGCAGAUUGCGCCGAUUCAGCCCUCAGCCACCAUCGUGAACGGAAGGAUGCACACCGUUCCUAUAGACCUAGUCAAGGUUCAGGCUGGCAGCACUAG